AUGCAGCGGAUUUCGCUGCGACUUCUGCGCUCCUCCUCCUCCGCCGCCGCCUCCACCACCUCCUCCUCCCUCGUGGCCUGGCAGUACCCCGCGGCGGUUGGCCCGCCCGACCGGCGCUGCAGCCUCCGCCGUCACUUUAUUAUUCCUUUGUGGAAGGGAAGUGGAUACACCACUAUGUUCAUGCAAGUCCAGAUGCCAUACAUGAUCUUCACAGGACUUGAAGACUAUAAAGCACGAGGCACUCAAGCAAGUCCUUACUACACAGUCACUCAUUACACAGAGUUUGCAGAAACCAAGGACACAGUGCUUAUUCGAGGAGAUGUUGUUUUCACAAGCAAACUAACUGAUUCAGAGGCAAAGACUCUUCUAGAGACUGCUCACUCAUUCUACGUGAAUGAUGUGAGGUACAGACUCGUGGAGCGAUUCAACAAAGAGACUCAUGAUUUUGAGUUCGGGGACGUCCUUCAAGUGCUUGACAUGCCAACCAUGUGA